AUGAGAUCAUUGGGGCUGGGUACGGCGUGCCAGACGCACAGCUCCUUCACGCUGAUGGGUGGUUUCAUCCUUUAUGUGGAUGGGGAAUCCUGCCUCACCCUACGCCCUGAUUAUAUUCUUAAAUUGAUACAUGAAAGGUGUGCAUGUCUUGAUGUCCCUACCCUAACGAAAAGCCAGAUUCAAGACAAGAGCAAAGGUAAUGCGCAAUCAAAAGGAUUAGUGAUGUUUCAGGUGGCCUGGUCUGUUAUGCAGCUCUGA